AUGCAUUUGUUCGCCAUGCAGCUUGGCAUGGCUCUUGUGGGUCUUCUCUUUAAGAUUAUUAUUUUGCUGGUGGCUGUGGGUCUCACUCUGAAGAUAUACUGCGAGUGUACCAAGGGAAAAUACCGUGGUUCUCAAGGAAUGGCCGGCAAGACUGUCAUCAUUACUGGAGGAAAUUCAGGAAUCGGCAAGGAGACGGCGAAAGAACUGGCCCGUCGGAAGGCCCGUGUGAUUAUUGCCUGCAGAAAUAUAGAGAAGGCCCGAAAGGCGGCUCCUGAAAUCUUCGAGGACACCGAACAGCAAGUCACCAUUAAGCUGUUGGACCUCCAGUCUUUCAAGUCUGUUAGGGAGUUUGCGAAUGACAUUAUCAACACGGAGCCCAGACUUGAUGUUCUGAUCAACAACGCCGGCAUGACUAACGAAUCACGAAACCCUGAUCUCACAGAAGACGGAUGCGAGCCCUGCUUUCAAGCCAACUAUCUUGGUCACUUUCUUCUCACGGUGUUGCUGGCUG